CGCGGACGAGCUAAGCCCUUUUCCGCUUCACCAAUAAACCCUAAACCCGCUCGCCGGCGACAUCAGAGAAGCUCCAACCCUCUCCGCCGCUUCUCGUAGCCGCCGACGACUGCUCUGCUCUGCCCUGCCCAGCUCAGCUCAGAUCGAUGGGUGCCCCGGCUGUUAAUAAGAAGAAGGGUGCGGGUGCAGGUGCGGGUGCGGCGAAGCCUCCGCCUAAGAAGAAGCUGAAGGAUGAUUUGUUUGCCGAGAAGCGCUCGAAGAAAGAUGACGUCCUCGAAGAGUCGGACGAUCAGAGUGAAGAUGUCGAAGAACAUGGAGAAUUUGAGGUGGAGGGAGACGAGAGUGGUGAUUCUGGUUCCGAAGUAUCCUCCGAUGGAGAUGAUCCGCUCGCCGACGAUUUCCUCCAAGGAAGUGGGGAUGAAGAUGAAGCUUCCAGUUUGGACGAGGACUCAGAUUCUGGCUCGGAUUCUGAUGAGUCGGAUAUCGAGCAGAAGUCCAGAGCUAUCGAUGAAGAAAGGGCUAGGAUAGAGGAAGAAGCAGGAGCCGAAAUGCAGCUUAACAUCAAAGAGGAAUCUGAUGAGUUCAGGUUGCCAACUAAGGAGGAACUUGAGGAAGAGGCUUUGAGGCCACCCGAUCUUCCAAAUAUGCAGAGGCGAAUAAGAGAAAUUGUUCGAGUGUUGUCGAAUCUUAAGGCACUGAAGCAAGAGGGAACAACAAGGAAGGACUAUGUUGAGCAACUUAAAAGGGAUCUAGCUUCCUAUUAUGGUUACAAUGACUUCCUUAUUGGGACUUUGAUGGAGAUGUUCCCGCCAGUUGAGCUUAUGGAACUCAUUGAAGCAUUUGAAAAACCUCGACCUAUAUGUCUACGAACAAAUACUUUAAAGACAAGGAGACGGGAUCUGGCUGAUGUUUUAAUUAACAGAGGAGUAAACUUGGAUCCAUUAAGCAAGUGGUCGAAGGUUGGCUUAGUUGUUUACGAUUCACAAGUGCCUAUCGGUGCAACUCCUGAAUAUAUGGCGGGAUUCUACAUGCUGCAAAGUGCAAGUUCGUUUUUGCCUGUGAUGGCACUUGCUCCACAAGAAAAAGAACGAAUUGUUGACAUGGCAGCUGCACCCGGAGGUAAAACAACAUAUAUUGCAGCUCUGAUGAAAAAUAGUGGUGUGGUUUUUGCAAAUGAGAUGAAGGCACCAAGGCUGAAGUCUCUUACUGCUAAUUUGCAUCGGAUGGGUGUGACUAAUACAAUAGUAUCCAAUUAUGACGGGAAGGAGCUACCUAAAAUUUUGGGUUUAAAUUCAGUUGAUAGAGUAUUGUUAGAUGCACCUUGCAGUGGGACUGGGGUCAUAUCGAAAGACGAAUCUGUCAAAACCUCCAAAAGCCUUGAAGAUAUACAAAAGUGCGCAUUUCUGCAGAAGCAAUUGUUACUUGCGGCAAUUGACAUGGUAGAUGCCAAUUCAAAGUCUGGAGGUUAUAUAGUAUACUCCACAUGCUCUAUCAUGAUUCCGGAGAAUGAAGCAGUGAUUGACUAUGCUUUGAAGAGGAGGGAUGUUAAACUUGUACCUUGUGGAUUGGACUUCGGGCGUCCCGGGUUUAUCCGUUUUAGGGAGCAUCGGUUUCACCCUUCUCUGGAGAAGACAAGGCGUUUCUACCCUCAUGUUCAUAAUAUGGACGGAUUUUUUGUGGCAAAGCUGAAGAAAAUGAGCAAUUCAAAGCCAACUUCAGUAUCUACCGAACCAUCAGAAACAGUGGAACAAGUUUCAGGGCCUGAGGAAGAUAGCCGCAAAAAGGAUACAGUCGAGGAACCUCAGAAUCAGACAGAAGCUGUGGGAAAUAAAGGUGUUGUGGAUAAUGGUCAUGUUGAAAAUAAGAAAAGAAAAUCGCCGUCCAGCUCUAAGAAGAUCAAAGGGAAAUGGCCUUCCAGAGACGAAAUGUCCAAAACAAGAGAGAAAAGAACUAAAAGGAAAUUCCCAUCCAGAGAGGAAAUAUCUAAAAUGAGGGAGGAGAAGAGAGACGCAUGGAGGAAAAAGAAUGCUGCAAACAAGAAAAGAGGAAAGUAGGAGUAUUAGCAGUUGGCAGAGGCAAAGCACUCGUUGAAACCAGCUUGAUUCGCUACCUGCAGUAAAGCUGUCCAACUUGGUUUGGGAAUUUGGGAGCGGAGGAAGCACAGCUGGUGGCUUUUUGCCAUUUGAUCGAAGAACAUACUGAAUGAAGCUUACUAAAGGAGUUCUAAUGUAUACUAAUGAUCAUCAUGAUACAAAUAUCACGUUUUGGAUUCCGGUGAAGCGUUAGAGUUGAAAUAACUGCUGUUUAGGGCUGUUGAUGUCCCUUAAAGUUUUGUUUGCUUUUUGUAGUGUUCAUGUAACUUAAGAUCCGCUGUCACACAUUUCUCUUGAUUAAGUUUGGAUGAUCAGUGCAUGAUAUUGCUCUGAAAA